CGCCUCCGCCCCGGGCGGCGCCGCGGCCGCCACGGCGGGCGCUGCGGCGGCCGCUGGCGGUGCCCCGCCGGCUGCCAGCGCGGGGUCGGGUACCAGGACUUCCACGGCUGCAAGCCCUUGCCAUGAGGUCUCGUACUUGCGCAUCCAGAAGACAGGCUCCACCACGUUCGGGGAGAGCAUCAUCCCCAAGAUGACCGCGAAGCACCACCAGACCGGGCGAGGCCGCUUCCACAUGGAGUACCGCGGGGCGACCGCCCAGCCGCGCGCCUGCGCGGUGACGGUGCUGAGGGAUCCGGUGGAGAGGUUCAUGUCCGAGUUCGCGUUUGCGCGCGGCCACGAGGGCUUCUUAAUGACGCAGGACCAGUGGGAUUUCGCCGACGAGGACCUGCCAUGGCUCAAGCAGGUGCAGAAGAUGCCGAACGACACGGCGGCCUUGCUCGAGUACUUGCGCUCGCCGCGAAACCCCACGCGAAACAGGCAGGCCUUGUACCUUCUCGGAUUUGACCGCGUCAACUGCGAUCGCCAGUGCUGCGGGCUGUGUUCGAGAACGCAUCCGGGCCACCCCGCGCACGCCUACGACUGGGACAAGGACCACGACGUGCUGCUGGCGCGCGCCAAGGAGCACUUGCUGGGCCUGCGCGCGUUCGGGGUGCUCGACUGCUACGUUGACUCCGUCAAGGUGAUCGCCGGCGAGCUCGGGUGGGAGCCCGAAGAAGCUGCUGACAUGGCGGGCAAGAUCCACCGCAGGAAGCAGGACAAGCGCCGCCUUCUGGCCGGGCUGCUCUCCACCAGCGUCUCCAGGGUCUCCGCGGCGAGGCACACGGCGAUGCUCCUGAACGCGGGGAGCGCCGCGGGUCUCUGGCGCAGCGCCCUGGACCCCGCGCUGCGCGCCGAGAUCGACGGGUUGAAUCGCCUGGACAUCGAGCUUGUAGACUUCGCCAGGCGGCAGCUCUAUGAUCGCUACAAGGUGAAUUGCUCCCGCCAGGCGCCGUGAGCGGCGGCGGCGUGGGAGCUCCGCACGGCGGGCUGCAGGCUUGGGGGGGGGGGCACGUGCCGCCUGAGCGAAAAG